UAUUUUUUUGUGCUCAAGAAGGUAUAGUUUGUGGAACGUGCGUUCAGAUCGAUUCGUGUGUGUGUUUACCGUGCCGUGUUGUGCCGUGUUGUGCCGUGUUGUGCCGUGCCCCUUCAUCUGAAAGCGAAAACUGGCACUGGCACUGGCGCUCUCAAGUUCAGUCGGCGAUUUGUCGAUUUCUAUGCAAAUCAUUACUCGGAAAAGAAACACAGCACAGAGUCGAAGUCAGAGUCAGAGUCAGAGUUGGAGUCAAAAGACAGCCCAGCCAGAAAUAAAAAAAAAGAAGAAAAAGAGCGUGCUAUUUUUAUUUCGCUAAAUGUCGACUCGAGGCUCACGUCGCCUGAGCAGAGCCAAAGUCUCCGUUUCAACUGGCGAGAGACUGUAACCCGAGUCGCCCGCCGUUUUGCAAAAUAAAAUAAAACAACACAACAGAAAAAAAAAAAACAGAAAAAAGCAGACAAAACAGACAAACAGCAACAGAUUGUAUCUGUAUCUAUAGUCGCGACUGGCGGCUCGUUUUGUGUGCGCACACAUUCGUGUAUCUGUAUCUGCGGCAAAAAAACUAAAAAGUAAUCAUAAACUGGAAGGGAAAGAAAGACAAAUAAAUAAAAAGACUGCCGCUCCCCAGCCUCCGUGUAGCUUAUUCUGAGUUCUUAACUCUCAGCUUUGAGCUUUGAGCUAGAUAGAUAGCUCCAUAGCCCUGUUUGUGGAUCAGCUGAGUCGGCUUUUUUGGGCGGCUGCGAUGUGAGUGGAGGAUUGGAGAUCCCCAGGAAGUAGCGCUAAAAAACCUAGCAAAUUGAGAAUCUAGCAAGAGCAAGAGAAGAAGAACCAUGGAAUAUCUUUGCAUACUGAAUGCCUUCGAGCAGAAUUACUACAACCGGAUUAAGGCGGCUGCCGCCGCCGCCGCCGCAGCUGCCGCUUCGCCUGCCUCAUCCGCCUCAUCCGCCUGCUCCACUGCCUCCACAUCCUCGGCAUCCUGCUCCAGUGGGCCGUCCACCUCCUCGUCUGCCUCCUCCACGGCCAGUUCACCCGGUUCGUCGGCACGGGAAGUGGCCCAGGCAGCGGCUGCCUUGGCGGCCACCCAAGGUUUGGCUGCCUAUCAGGGGGCCGCAGGAUCCCCGUCACAAGGCGCCCUCUUCUACCAUCAUCAGCAGCAGCAACAGCAGCAGCAGCAGCAUUAUCAUCAGCUUCACUUCCAUAGCCAGCAGCUGGAGCAGCUGCAACUGCAGGCGGAGUCCGGCAAUCAGCAGCAGCAUCCUCAUCCUCAUCCGCAUCCGCAGGCAGCCGCCGAUGCCAACGCCUCCUCCAUGGCCAGUUUGCUCUGGCAGCCGUGGCGGGAUCUCCAGCAGGCCGCCGCCAUGCACCAUCAGCUCUACAGGCAGCAGCAGCAACAGCAGCAGCAACAGCAGCAGCAGCAACAGCAGCAACAGCAGCAGCAGCAGCAGUUGCACAAAGAGAUGCGUGUGACGGCCAAGGAGCUGCCCACCACCAAGUGGAGACGCGAGCGACGCCAGCGGACCGCCGAGUACCAGGUCCACGAAGCAGGCAGCAGCGAUAGGGAACGGGAGGAUCGCGACAUGGACAGCCCCAUUGACAUGUCGGUGACAACGGGAGCGCUGAAGCUGCGGGCCUCACCGCCGCCACCUUACCGCGAACCGCUGCCUGGGACCAACUACGCGGCCAACAGCCGACCCAGCGUCAUCACCCAGGCUCCGCCAAAGCGGGAACCUCCCGAGCAGGCCCACUCCUCAGAUGUGGCUAUGUGUGACAUUGACGAGCACUUCCGGCGCUCGCUGGGCGAGAACUAUGCGGCCCUGUUCGCCAAGAAGUCGCCGACGCCCACGCCCACACCCACGCCCUCGCCAAGUGGAACUCCCAAGCAGCAGGUCUCGCCACUGGCCUAUGGACCGCCCUCAUCAUCGUCAUCCAGCACGGGAGCAGCAACUACCAUAGCAGCUACCACGCAACUCUACCAGCAGCAGCAGCAGCAGCAGCACCGUUCGCCGCUGGCCAAGCCGGGUUUGGUCAUCCUGGAGCCGGAAUCCGAGCAGCCGGAGCUGCCGCCGCCGCAGGAGGAGCCGCUGCCACUCUCGCUGGCACUGCAUCGCACCCAAGCGCCGCCUUCGCCGCCGCCCUCGGCCACGGGAUCGGGACCGGCGCUGCCCACGGCCGUCAGCCAGGUGAUGGAGGCGGCGGUGGCCGCCAAGCGAAUCCUGGACACGCCCCACCACACGCCGCCCAGGUACAACACGCCGCCGCCGCCACCGGCCUAUGCUGUGAGCCCAGGAACUGCUGUGACGACGCCGCCAACUUUGACACCGACUCCGACUCCGAUUGCGAUUCCAAUACCGACGAUUUCGACGACUCCAACACCAACACCAAAUCCGAAUCCGACGCCCUCGCAGAUUCCCACGCCCACGGCCAGCAUGCCGGCCAUCAUUCGGGUGAAGGCUGAGCCGGGACUGGCGGCUGUGGCCGCCUCAUCCACGCAGACGCCGCCCGCCUCGCCCACCUCGUCCACGAACAUCUCGAUAUUCACCAAGACUGAAGCCUCGGUGGACGACCACUUUGCCAAGGCGCUGGGCGACACCUGGAAGAAGCUGCAGGGCGGGCACAACAAGGAGUAGGAGUUGGAGCCAGAGCCAGAGCUAGAGCUAGAAGAAACCCACCCGCACAGAUCCCCAAUCCAAGCCCAAACCCAAAUCCAAACCCAAAUCCCAAUACCCAACAACCGAUCCUCAACGAUCCAACUCAAGAGCUGUUUUUAUUAUAAAUAUUUCAAACUACACAAUUAACGUUUAAAGAUCUCAUGCUGAUGUGAACGGAAAUUCUUCAACUGCGAGUGUAUUACAAGUUUCUGAUAUAAUGAUUUUAUUGAAUAUUGAUAACGGUUAGCGCGGAUAUAUAUAUGAUAUAAAAUAUAUGAUAUAUAUGGAUGAUAUAUAUACAUAUAUAUGUGUAUGGCAAAGUGUAUACGUACAAGUGACAAAAUUUUGUAUUCUUAAUGCUUAGUUGGUAGAGACUAAUCCUUAAUAAUAUACCUAUUAAACAUAAGUGAACAAUCCUAAGAAA